AUGACAGGCUUCCAAAACGAAUUCAAAGGCGUCACUCGCGGAUCCGACCUCCUGCUACGAUGGGACGUCAACGCGACCGCCUCCUACCCCCUCGUGGUCUACUCCCGACUCAUCAACCAGACGAGCGAAUCCGGCGCGAACUCCUUGGAAAUUAACAUUACCACUGGACUCAACGCGACUUCGUUCCUCUGGAAAUGCGUCCCGUACCCGCUCCCGUAUCUCGCAACGGCCCUGUACGAGGUCGAAGUGCGGCCUCAGAACCAAGUUGGGUCGAAGGGUGCGAUCGCGUCUUCCUCGUAUUUUACCGUUUCUUCCGAAUCAGACGAGGAGGACAAAAACGAAAAUGGCUUGAUGAACCCUUUCAACGAAACGACGAUACUGCCGUCGAGACCUACCAACCAACCGGUUUCCCAGGGCGGGGUCAAUAAUAACACGGCGAUUGCGGCCGGGCUUGUAGUGCCGGUCUUCGUCAUAUUGGCCAUCUUCGGAUUCGUGUGGCUGCAACGGCGACAGAAGAAGAUCAUCGAAGAGAAGAGGAAACAGAGGGAAGAUCUCUGCAUCGAUUAAGGCAAUACUUUGCCUUGGGUUAGGUACCUAUCUGUAGAUAGGGCAAGAUGGGGAACUUAGUAGUAUGGUUCUAUCGUCGGAUGCGACUAAGGGGGAUAUUCAACUGCGUCCUUCAAGAUCCCCAGACAUGACGUCGGCAUUCAAACCGUCGACUCUACGUCAACUACCGAAUCCACAACGACGAGGCGAAAAGAAACAUCCGAUGGAGCCCCUAUUCCCACAGGUGAACCACCCUGAAGAUAUUGUGGUAUUACCUUAGGUACCUACCUACCUAUGAAUGAAAGUUCCGCUCUCGA